AUGUACCCGAGGACCACCAAAGCCAUCAAUACCCACUUUGAGAUUGUAUCGGCGGGAGGCUACUACGCCCAGCCCGAGAAAGGUGAUUGUGAAUAUCACAUCAUCUGCGCAAACUCUGGUUUGUACUUGUGCAUGAACUAUUCGGGUGGUGACUUCGGCAAGAUCACCGCCGAGGUUCGCCCUCCUCUUGACAACGACGUGCGCUGGAAGAUUGCACACACUGGAAACGGUACCUACAC